ACUCUACAUAUAUCCCAGUAGCCAACACCCCUCCAACUCACCUAAACCCUAAUUUCUGUUCCAGAGGUCUCCCAAAACCCUAUAAAGCUUUUACCUUGAAGCUUCGGCACUCGCCCUCUGCGCUAGAAUUCUCCGCCAUCAUGACUGCCGAAGCUGUGAACCCGAAGGCAUACCCGUUGGCAGAUGCCCAGCUCACGAUAACUAUUCUGGACUUGGUUCAGCAAGCUGCCAAUUACAAACAACUCAAGAAGGGUGCUAAUGAAGCAACUAAGACUCUGAAUAGAGGGAUUUCCGAGUUCAUCGUGAUGGCGGCUGAUACAGAGCCCCUCGAAAUCCUUCUUCACCUUCCACUUCUUGCUGAAGAUAAGAAUGUGCCCUACGUUUUUGUGCCAUCUAAGCAAGCUCUUGGUCGGGCAUGCGGUGUUACCAGACCAGUUAUUGCCUGUUCAGUCACUAGCAAUGAGGGAAGCCAAUUGAAAUCUCAAAUACAGCAAUUGAAGGAUGCCAUUGAGAAGCUCCUGAUCUGAGCGUGUAAAGCGUUUUCCAGCAUGAUGGGCCUCUGGUGCCACCCCCGAGGCUUUGACUGAGCGAGUUUCCCUGUGCAUGGCUCGCUGUCUGUUUUCUGUUUUCCUUGACCUUUCUGUACCGUGAUUCAUAGAGUUCUAUGUACUAUUGGCACAUGAAUAUGAGGAUUCUUGCCCAUUACUUAUUAUUAUGUGGAUUGUUAUCUUAUUCACUGAGUGAGUUUUCUGUCCUGUGGGAUUCGAUAUAUAUUUCAAUUGAGGUG